UUCACCUCCAUUCACACAGUAAAUAAAAGCAUGGAGGCUGUGACUCUCGGGAUCUAAUACCGAGCAGCAGGGGGUAAAGACGCUGCCCUUUCAUCUGAACACACAGGGAUCAAGCAGGACAGCGGGGAACGCUUUAUCGGUUGGAUUUUUACUCAUUUGACGUGGAAGACAGGAUUUUAGUUGGAGACAGGAGCGGGGCAGCCCGCCGUGCUGUGCAAGAAACGGAUGGCUGUAGUGGCCAGGCACAAUGGCCUCGUCUCUCCGCUGGGGAACAACAACUCCGGAGCUUCGAGCAUCGUCUCACCACUACAGCCGAGAGCCGCUGGGAAAUACGCCUCUGCUGACAGCGGUGCCGGCGGUGGGAUGGACGGCCUGCUGGAUUUCUCCAAAGGCCCCACUGUCAAAACAGAGCUGGUGUGUAAAUGGACUGACCGAACUUCAUCGAGACAGAGGCUUGGGCGGACGGCGACAUCCGUCUGCGACCAAACUUUCAGCUCAAUGCACGAACUGGUGGACCACGUCACCACCGAGCAUGUAGCAGCUGGACUGGAGAGCCUCAGUCAUGUCUGCAUGUGGGACGAGUGUAUGCGCGGCGGGAAGGCGUUCAAAGCCAAAUAUAAACUCAUCAACCACAUUCGUGUGCACACCGGGGAGAAGCCUUUUUUAUGCGCAUUUCCCAACUGCGGCAAGAUGUUCGCACGCUCCGAGAACCUCAAGAUCCACACACGCACGCAUACUGGUGAGAAGCCAUUCCAGUGUGAGUUUUGUGAGCGACGAUUCGCCAACAGCAGCGAUCGAAAGAAGCACUCACAGGUACACACAGCCUCAAAGCCCUACGACUGCAAGGCCCUGGGCUGCACCAAGUCCUACACCCAUCCCAGCUCCCUGCGCAAACACAUGAAGGUUCACGUCAAGUCAUCACCUACCUCUGAACCCCAGGACAUGUAUGACUCCGUCCCUCAUCAACUUCAACAACCUCAUCAGGCUCUCCUCGAGCCCCUUGACCUUAAAAUGAACUGCCUCUCAUCACUUGCCAAUAAAAACACUCAUUUUCCUCUUCUGUCCAAUCAUGAAUUCAAUAUCAGCUCAGCCGGCGAAGUUGACCAUAAGCUACUACGAAGUUCGUCUCCCAUGGCAAUGCCACUGGAUCUGUCUCUUUCAGGCCUAAAGAGUCAGCUGGCCCAGAAGCAUCAGAGUGGUAGGACCCCGCGGAGGAGCCAACGUUCAGUCAACCCAGCCUUACCUCAGUUGUCUAACAUUAAGGAGUGGUAUGUCUGUACCAGGAGUACAGCACCAAACUUUCCUCUAUUUCACCCAAACAACAUUAAAUCAGAACCUAGUGAUGAUGAGGAGUAUGUCACAUAGGAUGGAGAGCCGGCAGCUUUUGGACUUGAAGAACAUAUAUUGUCAGGCCAGAAGAUGCUCUGUGGAAUCCUAGUUGCUGUAAAUUUACAGAACCAGCAGUUGUAUGGUUAGACAUCAGUGACCCUUCUAAAAUGAAGAAGACUGUGAUCAGAUGGAGACUUUUUUAACAUGUCUCUAAAACAAAACUCAAUGGCUCAAAUGUUGCAAGAAUGGACAAGAUAAAAUCACAUCAUUACAGUUAUCAAACUAAAUGUUUCACAGAAAACUGUAAGUUAUCCAAUCAGUGUUAGGGAGCUAAACUGAAUUAACAAAGGGUAUGACAUUGUAUAAAUGGACCAGGGGAUGUUGGGUACUGCUCUGCUUGCUGUAUAUGAAUUUCAAGGGCUACAUUGACACUGACAGAAAGCAGUUAUAGCUAUCCUGAGCUUACAUAGCAUUGUACACAUGGUAGUACAGCAGGUCCAAAGCAGCAGGCACACAGGCUGGUGGAGAGUGUGUGCUUUUUAUGGCCCCAGUAUGUUUUAAACAAACUAGUUUGUACAUCAGAUAGUUACAAAAAUAGUUGUAAGCAGCUGAUUGUGCUUUCCGAAAGGGAAUCUGAGGUAGUGUUGAGGUGAUCCCACAGGCAGUUUGUUUGAACCAAACUGAGGCCUUUACUUACAAAUCAUUGGUACUAACUUGUUCCAAAGUGUUUUCUGUGAUCAGUCAGUCAAUCAGUCGAAUCCAACACAGUGGCAGGCGGUGAAGCUGCAGUUUGAAGACAGUUGGACUGAGCCUUCUUUGAACUGGUCAAGUGUCUCCUUAACCUCUUCAACUCCUUGAAGUUGGAUGGACCUUUCAUUGGGUAAACCCCUGCAUCUGUUUACACUCCAUGUACAAUUUAAUCAAGACUCCCAAGAUUUCCAAAAUGACCAUAAAAGUCAUACAAGUAUUCCAUUAUCAUGAAAGUUUGCAUUAAAUGAUGCACAAGACAUCUUGAAUUUUCUAUUUGAUCAAGGUGCAGUCAUAAAAAGUGGCAAGUGGAAACAAACAGAAUGUAUUGUAUGAGAUUGUGGUAUAGCUUGGAAAAAUGUGUCUUCUAUGUUUGAUAUUACUAUGUUGAGAAUAUUUUAAAUCUUUAAAUGGUUAGCCUAG